AAUGUUAUGUAAUGCUUCUCUUUUAUCUGAAUGGAAUGACUGUUCUUGAGGAGAAAGAUAUUUCUGCUGUCAUACCAAUAAGUAAGAGCUGCAGCAGUGACACUUGAGGGCGAUGAGCAUUAGCAUCGAGGCAAGGCAAUCUGUAAUGAGGAGAGGGUGGGGGUUCAAUUCUGGAAGAUUCUGCAGCAAUCUUACGAGUGGACCCCAUUUCAUUCGUUGAUUGUGGGGACUCUUUCUCUGGGCUAGCUAGGUGGGUUAGCCUUCCCUGUCAAAGCCACAACUGUGGUGGGGACAAAAGGUUUUAGGAGCCAAUGACUGGAAUAGACUGAUACCUCCUCCCCUCUGCAAAGAUGUCAAGUAAGGAUCUGGAAGGGUUUUAGCUAGAUGUGAUAUAAAGCUCUUUUUAGAGACCAUCCUAUGCCCCUCCCCCUCCCCCUGCCCCUACAACUCAAAUGCCCAACACUGCCGGGUUUGUGGGGUACAACCCAUACAGCCAUCUGGCCUACAACAACUACAGACUGGGAGGGAGCCAAAGCAGCAACAGUCGGGUAACGAAUUCCUCUGGAAUAAAUAUCCCAAAGCCACCCAAGCCACCUGAUAAGCCAUUGAUGCCAUAUAUGAGAUAUAGUCGUAAGGUUUGGGAUCAAGUAAAAGCCUCCAAUCCUGAUCUGAAGCUAUGGGAAAUUGGGAAGAUAAUCGGUGGCAUGUGGAGGGACCUCACUGAUGAGGAGAAACAGGAUUAUUUGAAUGACUACGAAGCAGAGAAGAUUGAGUAUAAUGAGAGCAUGAAGGCCUAUCACAACUCGCCAGCCUACCUGGCUUACGUCAGUGCAAAAAGCCGAGCCGAGGCAGCUCUGGAGGAGGAGAGCCGCCAAAGGCAGUCCAGACUGGACAAGGGCGAGCCCUACAUGAGCAUUCAGCCAGCGGAGGAUCCAGAUGAUUACGACGACGGGUUUUCUAUGAAGCACUCAGCUGCAGCUCGUUUCCAACGCAACCACCGUCUGAUCAGCGAGAUCCUCAGUGAGAGCGUAGUCCCGGACGUACGGUCAGUUGUUACCACGGCUCGCAUGCAGGUCCUCAAACGCCAGGUCCAGUCUUUGAUGGUACACCAGAGAAAGUUAGAGGCAGAGUUGCUUCAGAUUGAAGACCGCCACCAGGAUAAGAAAAGAAAAUUCAUCGAAGCCACCGAGUCGUUCACUAAUGAGCUCAAAAGGCUGUGCUGUAUGAAGGUGGAAGUGGACAUGGAGAAGAUUUCUGCAGAGAUUGCUGCAGCAGAAGAGGCAGCCCGCAAACGGAUGGCAGACCGUGACAAGGAUGCAGGAGACAGAGGUGCAAGAGAGGCCCCCACCUGUGUCUUAGCAGAAGAAGAGAAACACAUUUGUGCAACACAUGGCAACAAGUCCCAGCAAAAUUCUCUAAGUGAAAGUAGCAACAAAGAAGGCGAGGAUGCCGAAUCCAACACCACAGAUACACCAGGGAAGCCGAAAGCCUCAGAGGAGCUUGAGGCUCAUCCAGGCAGUGAGGAGGGGGCGUCAGAGGACAAGGAGAGCGUCCCAGAGGGAGCCAUGGAGGAGGGAACCAGCGACAGUAACACAGGCUCAGAGACCACCUCUGCUCAGACAGAAGAUGCCCCGACUAGUGAGCCAUCAGAGGGGCCCAGCAGGGGGAGAGCAGCCCACUAAGUCCAACACAUGACUGUCUGUGAACUGUAAGGCUGCCAUUACGUCUGUUGGCCUCCGAUAUUACGCUCUGAUAACAUAUAUUGCACAGUAUCAUCUCAGUUUGUCAAAGCAUAUGAAAAACGUUCAGAUGGUCUUAAUGUUUAACAAGCCUGAGGCAAAGACGAUGUUUUAGUUGAGUUUGGAAACAGCGAGGCUCACAGACACAUGCUGAUUACAAGUAAAUGAAAAAUGUAAAGCACUUGAAGCCGACAAAGCAAUGGUCCAGUCUAAAAUCAAUGGCUGCUAAGUGGGCCAGAAAAGCCCACGUGAAAGCACUAUAUUUCCUCCACAGGCCUCAUUGCCAUUUGGAAGAACACAUACAAGCACUCUUCAGAACAUAUUGAUACAUAUCUCUAGCACCCUUUCUGGCAGAUCCCAGAUCGCCGCAAAUGAAGACUGGCUUAUGAAAAAAGCUGUCACAUUAAACAAACAUUGUUCAGUGUUCUAUUUAACUUUGUUCUUUGUAGUGUGGUGUCCUUGUUGCUUUUAUUGUUAUUUUUGCAUGUUGGAAUAAAAAAAAAAUGUGUUGUGAAGAGUGGAGCUGAUUGACCAUCUCCUUGGCAGGAGAAUAUUUGUUUACUCUCUGUAUCAGUAUUACAGUGACAGUAUUGUCUCAGGAGUUUGUAGUCAUUAGUAGUAGUUAUUUUUGUUAUUUAUUACCAGCCGUUUAAUUCUACUUGUGUAUUGGUUGUCCCAGUCCAUCCAUAAGUAUAUCACGUGAUCAUCAAUGCUGUACAAUGCUCGACUACCAGUGUUCUCAAGUUUGCUAGCUGUCAAUCAAAUCAAAAGCAGUAUGCUUAGAACAUUUCUGUGUUAUGAUCAAUAUUGCAAUUUUCCCGCAGAAAACUUUUAAAUGUACUACCGUGAAUGUGUACACAGUGUAACGAGGUUUGCUUAAACAUGGAUUUUCAUGUCGUGAAACAGCUUGAAGAACAGUCACAAACAUGCAGUCUUAAUGAAUUUCCUUUUGCAUAUUUAUACCAAUAAACUUUUCUACUCUGAA